AUGCCCGGGGAUUCAGUCUGCUUCAACUGCAGAUCUCGUCGCACAGCAUGUAUAAGCCAGAGCGGUGACGGUGCGAGACUGCAGUUGCGUCGGCGCCCAGAAUCCGACUCUCCGAGAAACAGCAGCAGUGAGGCCCCUCAAGGCAUCCCGAAGGCCCCAGAAGUUCUGGAAAACAGUGUCACAGAUGAGCGAGCACCCUUCCUCGCGGUUUUGGGCCCGUCUGGAUUUUACUUCACCAUUGACGAGCCAGCACAGCUCUCCAAAUCUCCCAAGACGGACGAUGCGCGUAUGCCAUCUCAUUCACCUCUGACUAGGGACAGCAGCAUGUCUCAAUCCUCAAUAGGUGGCCCUGCAUCAUCCCGUGUUUCCAGCAGAUUGCCUGAGCCACUAUUACCCGACCGAGGGGAAAGUAUAUGCGAGACAUUACGUGCAGCGCUACCGUCCUACGAUUCCAUCAUGAAAGUUGCAUUGGCACACAAAGGCUGGUGGGUUCGAGUACACAUAGCUGUUCGUGGGAUAUAUGACGCCACGAUUGAGUCUUUCCCAGACUUCGUUAGGCGAGCCUACACAAGCGAUCGGCCUUCACAACUGGGGAAGAUGGCGAUUGCGUUCGCUUUCGUCUCUGAUCUUGAUGGGUCCACCAUCUACACCUUAGUCGACCGCCUCGUUGUCUCUGACAUGGCAUUGAUGUCUACGGUGGAAGGCUUGGAGUGCCUGAUCUUGCUGGCCGUACUCUAUGCGGAUGAGGGCCAGCCCAGAAGAUCAUGGAUGAUCUAUCGUAGAGGAGUAGUGGCCGCGCAAUUAACGGACUUGUACCAGGCUGGCCUCCGAUCAAUAGCCAAGAGACGGAUCUGGCUGGCUAUCUACCAAGCAGAUCGCAUGAUGAGCAUGUUCCUCGGGCUGCCGUACGGCUUUGUUGACAUGCACCAUCAGCAAAUCCUAGAGGUGAAGCCCGAGAAUAACUACGUGGAUUCGACCAUGACCAUCCGCUGUGCGAUGAUAGCUGGAAAGGUCAUUGAUCGAAACCACUCGCGGACAAAGGCUUCCCUUUCGAAGACACUGGAAUUGGACGAGGAGAUGAAUGACAUUGCAACGUCUUUCCCAGAAACCUGGUGGGAGCUUCCUGACCGGGCCCAAGCCGAUGGUCACGAUUUCGACGAAAUUCAUAUCCGGCUACAUCAGCAAAUCUUCUUCUUCCACCAGCGACUUUACAUUUACCUACCGUUCCUCGGCGGCUCCGAAGAGAACUCUGUGCAUGGUCCAAUCGUGCGCGCCGCCAGCAUGGAGUCUGCACGACAGCUGCUGAGGCGCUACCUGAGCCUGCAUAGCGAUGCAGAGAAGCCGAGCCAGUCUGAGUGCAAGCUCGUGGACUUCAUGGCAUUCACCGGCGCCAUUGUCUUACUUCUAGGCUUCUCAAGCUCCUCCGGCCCAAGGAUAUCAAGUGAUGGGAAUGACAUCGAGGCUGUGCUGUCUUUGAUCCGAUGCUUGCAACGCCAGGAGAAUUAUGAAAACUGUCGAAUCGCGUCGCAAUGUCGCAAGACGCUUACGGUGCUACUGUCAAGAUCGAGCACGGACGAAGAAGUCCGCAUUCCGUUCUUUGGCACAGUCAUCAAAAAAGGCGACCAAACCGUAGACCAGACCGCUCAGGUUGAUCAAAGCUUCAUAACGAACUCGAACACAGGUGACAGUGAUGCUCUACCUACUGGUCAGCCAUUCUCAUCGGCGACUGGUAUCAACUUCACUCCCGCAACUGAAGACCUGGCGCUGCCGAGUUCUGCGUAUUCGGAGGCGCCGUGGGGGAUGGAGCACAUGCCAGAACUUGGCUUCUUCUCCUAUCAAGACGAUGUGUCGGCGGAUUUCGACACGGGCUGGGAGUUCAUCAUGGAUCUCGAUAGCUUCUGA